AUGAAACUGGAGCCGUCUCGGGCCCUCAGCCUUUUAGGCACCCUGGGCCUUCUCGUUGCAGCAUUUCUCCCCCUCUCCAUCGCUGCAAACCCUGCUACAUUGUUAGCUGUUCGCCAAGUGCUACCGUCCGAAUUAAUUUUACCAGAGGACAUCAGAGUGGCGAGGAGGGGCGAGGGUCUAUUUUUCGAGGAUGCUGGGGUCGUAGGAAAGGUUCCAGAGGGCACAGCCGUGCUUAAAGUUGGCGACUCAGAUGGGCCAGACCGCCUCCGGCUGUACGUAGUGGACUUCUCGAAGGAAGAGCAUCUCGAGAGUGUGCUUGCGGAGUCCGGAUAUCCUGUCUUUUGCGACUUUCGUGCCCUUCGCCGAUGCUUCACACGGCCAAGCGAGACCAGUGUGGAAUAUCUCCCACAUGGAGCUGUCAUAACCGCUGGCGAAGGCAUGGAGCUCGUCUAUCUGCACUUCCCUAGUGGGGGCAGUAUCCUCAAAAGACACGGCGAAACGAAGCCACUGGCUUCAUCCUAUGUGCAUGGGCAGUUCAAGGGGGAAGUCGACACGACAGUCUUAAAGUGCACAUCGUUAGGGACCGUGUUUUUUCCGAGACAGUUUGAUUCUUCGUCUUCUUCCAUUGUAGAAGAGACUGAAGGGGAGAUGCAAGUUUGCGAUGUCACUCCCCCCCUCGUUACGGGAAAGCAAGCGGUGGCAAUAACCGGCACACGAAGGGCCCCAAGAAUUUUUUGCGAGAAGGGUUCAGGGAGACUCCUCCAUUUUGAGCCUUAUAUGCAGACGACGGACUCGCACCUCCCGCAUUCUCAGCAGCUGGAGCAAAAGUUGACAGGACGGCCUGCGACGUGUGACAUGUUAAGCGAAGCCGAGGACCACAUCUUCUCCGUAAAACGUUUUGACUCUGUACACGGGAAGUUUAGGGGAGAAAAGCUCGUAUCGUAUACCUCCGUUGCCGGCAAGAAGGCUUUUGUUCCUGUUAAGCUCCAGACCUUCCCUGAGAGCGAAUUGGGAGUCCCUUGUUCCACGAGAAACUUCCGACUGAUAUACCAGCCCAACCACAUUCUUCAAACCGAAGUGCAGCAUGAGGCGCCUCUUGCAUGCCACAAGCUAGCGCUUGCCCCUCUCAAAAGCGUUGAGAGGGAGGCGCUGCUUACGAAAAUUCAUGGUAGCAACUUGUGGAUGGAGCUCCCAGCUGGUACUCUUCUUGGGCGUCCUGUAGAUGAUAAAUCCGAAGCUAUAUUCAAAUUGUAUUCCUACCAACCAACUUUCACCACAACUUCGGAUCUUCAAGUUACAGAGCUCCAUGCCAUGGCUGACGACACCGAACUCGGCCCGGCCGUGAUCUCCACUGCCGAACCUCCAAAUGGAGGAUCCGCUGCUAUACUAUAUCAGCAACCCGAUGCAAAGAUGGUUUCCAUUGGCUAUCUUCAGGAUGGGAGCUUUGUCGGUGGCCCGAAUUUAGCAUUCUUCACGCCAGAUGCAUUGAAUGGAGAGAAAAUAUUAGAAUAUAGAGUUAACCAAAUGCACCGAGGUUCUUCUCUUUUGCUGAGCUCUGUCCCGGAAGCGUUGGUCUUGCAGCGCGACAUCAUACAAUACAACACAGCUCAGCAUGGAAUUCCUGGCAUAGGACGAGAAACAGAAGAGAUGCUCGCCAUGCUUCACAGGCUACGUGAUUACUUUUCUUCCAGUGCUGAAGGACAGGCUUUUGAUCAGGCUCUGUUAGAAAUAAACAAAAAAAUAGCGAGUGGCCAGCUGUCUGUGGUGCUCCGAGUUCCAAUCAACAUGUUGGAAUCUCCCACAAGUCAAGGAUUAAUUCAACAGUUGCACAUUGCCCUGUCGUUGAUUGUGGAAGACACCACAGCCCUCCCCAGGGACUUGGCUAACCGUACAACUUUCUACGGGACAGCUCUUCACACACUUUACAAGAUCCUGGAAAGCGGCCACUGCAGCAGCUGCCCAGAGGGCAAAACGGAGUGCAGUUUCUGCAGAGCAGUGAUGUUCAGGGACUUUGUGCACGUAAAAAUUCAAGGGCUGGGAAUUAACAGCAAAACGAUGCCUGACUCACUUUCCUGGGCCGAGUUCAGGGGACAAGAUUUUCUCGCUUUCGCGGAAACGUCCAUGGGUUCUGCUCUUUUAGGCGUUGAAAUGGAUUUUAACACCCAAAUGUGUGUUGUUGCGCGCUCGCCAUCUGCAGUGACCAGGGGCUCCGCUAGCCGAAAACAUCUUCCUCAGCUGAAGGCGUACGCUACCACUUGCCUGAACGCGCACGUCACCGGCAUGGUGCUACAAGGAAGAACCAACCCUUCACAGUGCGCUGGACUGGACUCUUACCUGAAGAAUAUCGUACAGACAACGCCAGUUGAAGACUUUGCCUCCUUAAUGGACACCGCGGAGUUCAGAGAUGCUGUUAUCGAGGGCUGCAAUGUUCUCUUGGGAAACAAAGCAGAAGAGUUUGAGACGGCAGAUUUGAGAGAUAAGCCCUCUGUUCUCUCGGCUGCCCCAAAUCUGAGCCAGCUCCUGACUGCCCUUGUAGGCGUAUCGAAGAACAAUGGCAAUCGCCCAAUUGUAGAUUAUCUGUUCCGCGACGAGGCUAGCGACCAAGCUGUUUCUGUGAAUUCUGGAAUUGAUGCGGCUGUCGCUGCCAAGGGCCAUAAGCCUUCCUUAGGCUCAACAUUCUACGCCGGCCUUUGGUACAGCUUUAAAUGGGCUUUGAAAGUGCUUGAAGAUAUCUUGAAGGGCUCGCGGACAAGCAGUCAGAGUUCUGCGGCCGGAAGCGGUAGCUCCAAAGAAGCUGAGGCCGCAAUUGUACGUGAGGUGCGGGACUAUGCGCGACGGCUGCAACAGCAACACCCACAAAAGUAUUCAACCAUAAUAGUAGCGCUGUCGUGGCCACAAAACAAAUUGCCGGAGACCCCUUUGGAGGCCCGAAAUUUUGUUGACGCAGCAAUGAGUGUAGUUCUGGUUCCUGGUGCCAUCCUGAAUUUGUUUGACCAGCACUGGAAUGCUGUUUCUACGGGGGUGACUCAGACCAUGCCGGAGAGACACGUGGCUGAGGGAGUGGUGCCCUUUACGAAACGGAUCAGAUACACCAACCCUGAUAUUUAUGGCCAGGUCUGCCAAAGGCUCGGUUGGCCUUCCAGCCGGCUGCCGACCAGCUCGGAGGAAGCAGAAGCCUUUGUUUCGGCCUUGCGUGAAGUAAGAGCAGUCCAAGAGCCUUUAAGGAAGUGGCUGGUUGGCAUCGGAGAGCCGUUUUCUGAAACUGUUACUUGGGACCACGUAAAAGCAGUGAUUGACAAGGCGCACGGUCCACACAGCAAGGUGCCCUUCUUCCUCCCAUCCUCAAGCAAAUGCAACUGCGUGCGGUCAACUGUGCUUGACCGAUGCUACAUCGAUGCGCUAAAAACGACGGAAGAUGUCGUCUUCCGAAUGACGCUUCUAUUCCCUGCUGUCAUUUCUGAACACAUUAGUCGAAAUGCGAAGACUCUGAACACACAUGCUGCAGCCCUCUGCGCCUCAGUGGGCAUCUUUGUUACUGCAUGGCAGCAGCAGCAGGUAGAAGCUGGGUUUGAGCACCCGAACGGCCGCCUUGCUCACGUCAUGCUCAUUGAAAGGCUCAAAAACGCUGGCGAUUACACUAUUACUACUAUUGAUGAAAACGGAUAUGAGGAUACGUCGCUAUACAACAGAAGGAAAAAGGAAUUAAAUAACCUCUUCUCCCGCGGAGCAAUGAAGGCGUGUCUAAGCAUGAUCAAUGCUGGAGCAAAAGUGGCUUACAAACCGGCUGGAAUACAAGGCUCACAAACUGCAGCUCGCUCUCUCUACGGUGGAAUAGUAAACUCUGUGGGAGCCAGCGCUCAGCAUGUGGACAACUUCGUGCACCACAUUCUUGAGCGAGGCGAAAGCCUGCCUCGUCGCUCUCGCCCUCCCCACCCGUUAGCAGGCCUAUUUGCUGCUCUUCGGAUUAGCCAGCGAUUCAAGGAUUGUUUUAGUGCUUCAAGAGAAAUGACAUUCCGUUCUUGGUACCUUAUGCAUCUGGAAGGAGACAACAUUUUACGGCGUGUAAAUAGUCAUAGGCUUGGGGAGGAGCUUGCCUCUGCAACUUACGGUUUCGCUACAGGUCCAGGUGCUGACAUUUUUGAUGAAGCUUUUAAGACAUUGAUGGCUACUGUUACCACCCAGUGGGAAGACACCAACGCCUUCAAAAUUUUGACGGCUCACACUCCUGGUAGUGGGCCCCUUAGGCUGCCAGAAGUUGCACCUGAAGACUUCGAAACUUCUGGCGACAACCAAGAAAGGCCAGGCCAAUAA